AUGGUUGUCCCAGAGCAGCCAAGCUCUCGAGGGUCCCACCGAGGGCUUUCCGCACCGAGCAUCGUCCGCGGGCCACCGGCCCGGCUCCGGCUCUGGCCUCGGCCGGAGCGAGCGGAACCGAGAGCAGCCCGCGGGUCCGCGGGAUGGGAGAGGCGGCAGGAGCAGGGAGAGCGUGGGGGCCGCUCCCGCAGCAGGUACCGCGACCACCGGGACAGCCUGGGGCUCCCGGGCGGGGGGGGGGCGGCGGGGCCGGGACACCCCCGGGCCCGGGAAGGCAGCGCCGUGAGCGGCGGCCGCUCGGGGGCGGAGGAGGCGGGCGGUUCCCCACGCGGUGCCCGGGCCUGUCCGACCCUUUCCUCCUUGUCCCUGUCCCCAGGAGCGGGCGGGAGGCCGUCGGGAGCGGGGCAGCCCGUGCCGGAGGAGGGUCCCGAGUGCCCAGGCCCCGAGGAGCCCUGCGGCCGCGGCGGGCGGCGGCUGCGCACGGCGUUCAGCGCGGAGCAGAUCAGCACCCUGGAGAGCUCCUUCCAGCGGCAGCAGUACCUGGGCGCGGCCGAGCGCCGGCAGCUGGCGGGCAGGAUGCGCCUCUCCGAGGUGCAGAUCAAGACCUGGUUUCAGAACCGGCGGAUGAAGCUCAAGCGGCAGCUGCAGGAGUUGAGGACGGAGCCGUUCUGCAGCCCCGCUCUUCCUUACGGACCCCAGGGCGCUGUGGUGCCCUUGCCGCUCGCGUACGUGGCCCGGCCGCCGCCUCUGCCCCGGCAAGGGGCUGCCUCUGAGGGCUGCCCUUUGACUGCCCUGCCGGCACCCGUCCUGGACCUCAGCAGCGCCUGCAGAGCACAGCCAGUUGGCUUUUGGGCAGCACCCUGCUUCGUCGGGUAUCGGGACCCCAGAGCUUUCUUGCUAGGUGUCUGA